AUGACUCUACAAGUACAACAAGCGUUGGUUCUGCAAGAAAAAAAAGGGCAGUUGGUGCUAAUAGAUAACUGGCCCAAACAAAAGCCUGCCAAGGGCGAGAUCCUGAUCCAAAAUGUAUGUGUAGGAUUAAACCCUAUAGACUGGAAGAGUAUUGUGUAUGAUUUCGGAGUGCACAGUCUACCAUGGAUCAACGGUAGGGAAACAGCAGGAUAUGUGGUUGAAAUUGGUGAAGAGGUUCAAGGGUUUAAAAUUGGCGACAGAGUUUUUGCACCGAGUACGAAUUACCGAGAUAUCAGAACAUCGACUUUUCAGACAUAUUCAAUAGCAGCGGCAGAGAAUGUCGGACUGAUACCUGACUUUAUCACGUUUGACCAGGCCGCUGCCAUUGGUGUGGGCUUGGUUACGAGCGGAACAGCAAUUUACGACUCAUUGAAAAUAAGUAUGGAGCCCAAUAGUGCCAAUAGUGAUAAAUGGAUUUUGGUAUGGGGUGGGUCGAGUAUCGUUGGUAUCUUCACUAUCCAAUUAGCAAAAUAUGCCGGAUUCAAAGUAGCCGCAGUAGCCAGUAUGAGCAAUAGACAGUAUCUUCGGAGCAUCGGUGCAGACAUAAUUUUUGACAGGUACGAUCCUGUCACAUCGAGUCAAUAUGCCAAAACGCUAGGUAUAUCAUAUGCAAUUGACUGCGUAGGAGCAGAGACAGCAACAUAUGCUCUACAGACAUUAGUACCAAACGGAGAGCUCGUGGCUAUAGUGAAAGCACCCAGACAAGUUCCACCUGGUAUAACAGUUCAUUCGGUAUUACUGAAAAAGUUCCAUGAAGACUUGGUAUAUGGGAACAAACUAAUCACAUUCACUAGUCAAUUGCUACACACGAAACAGAUUAUUCCUCCUCGGGUAGAGAAACUAGUUGGUGGGCUAGAGAAGAUCCCACAUGGGUUAGAUAAACUAAGCUCCAAUUUAGUAAGCGGUAGGCGCAUUGUAGUCAGUUUAAGUGAAUAA